ACAUUAUCGAACACAGUUUACUGUUUUAGCAUUUAUUUUGCUUUUUGAACCCACGCUACGUAAACGGAAUGGACGAGUUUCUGAGUGCAUUGAAAAAACAGGAAGAACUUCAACCAGAGCCUUCAUAUGCCGAACAGCUGGAGAAACAAAAGGAAAUAUUGUUGAAGCAGCGAGAAGUUGACGAUUUGAGGAAGCUUGCUGUUGAAUUUAAAGCAUGCUGUCGACAACUCGAAGCCGAGGAUCGCUGCCUUCUGGAGCAAGCCAACAAAACAAAAGCCUUAAGCAUACAGUUCGAUGAAUUGAAAAUUCAAGUCCAGGGUAUAAUUGAUCAAAACAUUGCUUUUACGAUGGACAAAGUUCGCCAGAACUGUCUCCGUAAUAGCGGACAAUAUGACCGGAAGCGACAAAUGAUAGUGGACCUGAAACAACAAUUGGAACAUUACGAACGGUCAUACACUCAAAUGAAGGAAUCGAAAUGCGAGGUAUUAUUGAAAAAAUGCCAAGCAGAACUUGAAGAAGAGAAAAUCAAAAUGGGGGAAAUUCGUUCGGAAAUUGCUGAUAUCCGGAAAGGAAGAGUUGACAAAUCAAAGCAAAAUUGGGAAGAGAAAAAGAACAACUUUUUAGAAAUAGCCAAAUUGUGGAAUAAAAUUAAAACGCAAGAAGAACAAACUUCUAUCGUUUCGCAAAACAAUGAAUUGAUAAGGACCCGCAUCAUCCAACUGGAUAACGAAAUUGAAAUACAGAAACAGAGAGAAGAGGCAGAGAAAAGGCGUCGAAACGCCGAAUUGAAGGAGCAAAUGAUUACUCCAUUGAAAAUUAUUCACGCGAGCAAGAGUAGCAAAUCGUUCAAAAAUCCCAAUGAGUUCCCGAUGCUCGUGGAAAAAAUGCGUGCGCAGAGGUCUUAUGAGGAAAUUUUUAAACGAACUGAUUAUAUAGAUCUGCGUGGAUCUAGAAAAUCUGGCCACAAGAUUGAAUCUCCAAGUGUUACUAAGAAAAAAAGGAUAGCUUAUUUCAAGAGUUCUGUACAAAAAAAUGGGACACAGAACAAAAACGUGAUUGGUGCUACUUCUACAUCGAACACAGUAUCAACACCGCAAAAACAUUUGAAGCAAACUUUGCAAAAGAUACGAACCGAUAAUAAUGCUAAUGGUGAACAUAAUGAACAGGAAAAAAAGCUAAUCCCAUCCCCAUCACAGGAAAGACUUAACACCCACAAGGAUUCCCCGGAUGGCUCCACAUUGGUAAUUGCUUCUCCACCACAGAAGGACGGGGAACAAUCUGAAUCGAUCGUCACGAUUAACGAUCGGUCCGCUUCGGAAGAGAUCGAAUGCGGAUCUAACGGCAAGGAUGCAGCCCCUGCCGACGUAAUCUCCUUGUACAGCACCAUUUCUACGCUGGAUUUAGAAGCACGAGAUGAUAGCAGUGAGCUGGGUUUUGACCUGUCGCCUCUUGGAUCCUGUCGGGAUGGUAGAAACGCAGCUGGCAGCAAAGGAAGCGGAAGUGGCGAUUUGGAUUUUGAUUUUCUUUCGGAUUCCCCCAAACAGGGAGCUUCUGGACGGAGUGAUCAGGGGAAUGAUUUCGAUUUUCCCGAAGCUAAUGACGAUGGUACAUUUGAUUUCUUUUAAUUGUUUUUUUUUUCAAGUUACGUAGAGUUGGUCUUUGGGUUCUUGUUAAAUUGGUUUACCAAAUACGAUUGAAACAUGUAUUAUUCUUUGUUACAUUCUUAAAUAAUUCUAUACUUUCUUGUGACAUGCAUAUGCUAAAUUAAUUGAGAAAUGAAAAUGUUGAUUAUGUCACGAAUAAAAUA